AUGCUGAUCACGUGAGAAACUAUUUCAACCAAUGAAAUUCAAGCGCGCCAAACAGUUACUUUCCGUUUGUGCCUACGCUCUAGAUAUAAAGUCAGUUGCCAGAGAUCAGCUAAUCAUUCGUAGAGCUUGCAGUGAUCGUUGAAGAUGUCAGACAGCGAAGAUAUCAAGAAACCCGUCAAGCCAAAUUUAGCCGGAUCGAAAAGCAAGAAAGUAAAGAGAAAGAGGAAAGAAAGCUAUUCCAACUAUAUCUAUAAGGUUAUGAAACAGGUCCAUCCUGAUACUGGAAUCUCCAGCAAAGCGAUGAUCAUCAUGAACAGCUUCGUUAACGAUUUGUUCGAGAGAAUCGCUGCCGAAGCCAGUCGUUUGGCUCAGUACAACAGACGUUCGACCAUCAGUAGUCGAGAGAUUCAAACUGCCGUUCGGCUUUUGAUUCCUGGCCAAUUGGCCAAACACGCAAUGUCAGAGGGUACGAAGGCAAUCACUAAAUACACUAGCAGCGAAUAAACACUUGCUGUAGUA